AUGAUCCCUGGAGAGCUUUUGACCAUUUCAUAUGGGGAUGGUGAAUACGAUUCUGGGUACAUAGGCUACGAGAACGUCACCCUGGCCGGUGUCAGCACUCGUGCCACGAAUAAGACGACGCGGAAAAGCAAGGUCUAUGAUCCUAUCUUCAAAUCCGUGUACAAGCAAGGCUUGGUGGACUCAUACUUCAGUCUGGCUAUCUCUGGUAAUCUCUCUGGGGAUGCAGGCUACCUGACUCUUGGCGGUCUACCUCCUAUAGACUUUAACGGGACUUGGGCUAGCACCGAUAUCAUAGUCACAAAUGUCGCCGGCGAUGAAAAGGGAAUGGACUUUUACACUAUCAACAUCGACGAUCUGAAAAUGAACGGCAAAGCGUUGAAGAGCGGUGGUAAGAAUAACCAGUACAUCUUUGACUCUGGAACCACUCUAAACUACCAUACCACUGCUGCUGCCAACGAAUUAUCAAAUGCAUUCCACCCCAAGGCCAAUCGAAAUGACGAUGGCAGAUAUGAGGUUGACUGCAAUGCUAAGGCCCCAAGCCACGAGGUUACAAUCGACGGAACGGCUUUCACUAUCAACCCUCUUGACAUGAUCUUAUACAAUGGCGAGGAUGAUGAUGGCAAUACUAUCUGCCAGACAGGCUUUGUCGAUAACCCGGAGUCGGCAUCGGAGGACGUCUUUAUUCUUGGUGAUACUUUUUUGAAGAAUUUUGUCGCCGCUUUUGAUAUCGGUGCUAGUGAGAUGUCAUUUGAUCCAAAUGAGCAGUACAACAACAAUGACCCUUACUAA